ACUACACAGUAGUCGACGCCAACAGUCUGUGGUGUAGGACGUGAUUUGUUUACCGCUAAUUCUGUUUCGUUUUCCUUUCGUUUUCUUACAGUUUACAAAGCAUUUUUUUAAAAUUUUGUAAUAAGUAGAAUACAAUUUGAAUUGUGAUGGAAAUGAAUUUGCGUUUUUCAUUUAAAGUGUAGUGUUUUUAAACGACUCAACGUUAAAUUAAAUCAUACUCAGCCUAGGACUGAUUGAUCUAGCAAGUACAAUGGAUACCGCUAUGGACAACCCCUCGUAUUUUGCGGUGGCACAAGGUUUGCAAAGGAGAAUUUUACCGUUGCUUGAUCGACAAAGAAUGGCUAAGAACAAAACAGAGACAUCUACUAUGGGUAGAACCAGGAAAAACGAAAGGAGUGGUAAAUGUCUAACGAGGACUUUGAGUGCCAACAUUGAAGAAGCAAGGUUAUUGGUGAUGGGACAGCCUAGACCUUCAGACGUUGCACCAUCCAUUAAACACAAAAGACACGCUAGCACAGGACAUAAGGAUUCUCUCCAACACGAUUUGGUACACUGUGAUCUUCAAUUGGACGGUGACGUAUUCUUCAGCAGUAGUGGUGAUGUUCGAUACAGUAAUUUAAAAGCACCGAUCAGAGGAGGGCGCCGACAUUCGAUCGGAUCGUUUGGCAACUAUUCCAAUAGACGUUCGUUAACAGAGUGUAUGUCUAAGACAUCACGUGCCAAACUCUCAUCCGGAAGCGAUCCUAAGGAAAUGAAGUCAGAUUGUUUAGAUAUCGUCAUUGUCUCAAGUGGAGAUAGUGAGGCUGCUAUGAUGUGGAUUAAUUUUCUAAUACAAUGUUUUCAACACUUCAAUCAAAAAGAAAAUAAGUCUCCGUAUAGAAUCCAAAGAGUGCGAUUGGAAGAUGUAUUGUCGGGUGUAAUGUCAGCACCACGGCAAGAAAGGUGCAGUCAAGCUCGACUUCAAAUUGUGCUUGUAUGUCCAAUUUUCUUAGAAAGAAUACUUUCGCAUUCAAAUCGUUCAGAUUCCCUUAGUGCAUUACUACAAACCAAUCGAAUGUUGGCCCUUCUAGUAGGUGUUACUGAAGCCGAUAUUACGGAUCAGCAUAAAACGGUGUUAGUAGACUAUGAUAAAUGGAGGAAAAUGGCCGUUAAAGAUCAAGAUCGAGAAUCAGUAGGAGAUUUUUAUGGAGUGUCCAUGGAUAUUUUAAGCAAAUCUGUGCACACACAACAUUUGACCAGCGUAUCUGAGGAUAGCGCUAAAUUUUCAAUUACACCGAAAAAGAUAAAAAUUGGACAAAAUAAAAUAAUUAUAUUGCUAUCUGAACCGUUAAAUGCAGAAGAUAAUAUUGUUAUCAGCGUGGAUAAAAAUGGGCAUAAAAUAGAAGUGACAAACGUUACAAGAAGGAAUCCAUAUACAUUACAAUUUAAAAUGCCAUUGAGCUGUUUACAAGUAUCUGUUAUUGUUAAUAUAAUUGUCGAAAAAAAUGGACAGUCAUUAGGUCAACGGUCGGUUAAAUGUGAAAGUCGCAUGCGAGAAUUAGAUCAAUUACUACGUUCUUUAGAUAACCCAAUGAAUUUUUUGUGCCAAACUUUUGGAUUAAACCCUGCAGAUAGAGAACAACUAGAUCUAUUUUUAGUCACAGCCUAUGUAAAAAACGUUCCUCCUAAUUUCCAUCUUCUUCAACCAGCAGGUUCGAGAUAUCAAUAUAAUCAUGAAGAAUAUCCUACAAUGCUUCACUUUGCUGCUAAAUUUGGUCUGGAAAAAUUAUCUUGGCACUUGUUGGAAAGUCCUGGUGGCGAACAAGCUUGUCAAUUGCGUAACGCAAAUCAAAUGACACCCGCAGAUGUAGCUGAAGCUUCAAAUCAUAAUAAAUUAGCUCAGGCUCUCAAGGGCUACAUGCAAAUGACAGAACUUACUAGCAUGUAUAGCAUCUUGAAAGGAAUGUCAGAUGGUCAUCAACCAAAAGAUGAUCCCGAUGCUAAUUAUUUGCUACCACGGCCAUUAAAUGACAGUUACUUAAUCCCACCAGCACCUAGACCUGUCGAAUCUUUAAAUAACAUGCAUUUUUAUACUAAUGUUGGUUCUCCUCUCACCAACAACACUGCUAUGUUUAACUAUCAGAUACCUCCACCACCACAAUCGAUAUUCUCUACCAACUAUCAAGUACCUACCAAUGGUAGACCGUAUAGUCCUUCAAAUACUUGUUCGUCAACGCCACCAUUGCCCUCAUCACCUAAAGACAUUAAUUCACCAGGAAGCUACCUAGAAAUGAGUUCUACCUUAGGAUCAUCUAAUUAUUUACGAGGAAAUCUUUCGUUAGGGGACAAUAUAAAUAAUAAAUCUAUAAAUCGAUCUACCGACUUUUUGAACAGUAACUCACGAGGUAGUAAUCAUACGUUGUCAACUCCUCAAGAUGAACUAUUGGAAAUCAUACAUGAUUUUAAAAACAAUGUCUUAACAAUUAAUGAAGUCGAAAAUUUAGUAGAAACCUGGAAAAAUCGACAUGAUGUACAGCAAUCUUUUAAAGAAAAACAGGAACAACUUAACCAAAUGCGUGCCGAAUACGAUCGAAUUCAACAACGUAUGAAAGAUCAAUUAAAACGGCCUACACCUUUUGAACGUAUCAAAAAAUUCUUCGGAAAAGGAAAAUCAAAACACGCCGAAGGAUCUCCGGAUAAUAUAAGUAAAAGAAAUAGUUCGGAGAAUCAAUCAAAAAGACCUACCAGCAGUUUGAGUUUACAAAGUUCGAGUAGCUCUAACUCUUGUGGACGUUCUAGUACUGUAAGUGUCAGUAGUAUAAAUGAUAACAGUUUAUAUCAUUCUGAAAAUAUGGAAGAUGGAAAAAAGAUAUUAUUUCCUUCGUAUUUCGAUCAACCACACUCAUUCUCUACAUUUCUUCAAAACAAAACGAUGGAUUUUUCUGGUCAUGAUUAUGGAAAUGUCAUGUACUCUCCAGUAGGGUCAACUACCGCUGAAACUAUCAUAGAAGAAUCGGAAAUUCCAUUCGCCAUUCCUAGCACCUCUAAGAUAAUUUCUCAUCCUCUAGGAGUGUCUGCUAUUAAAUGCAUGACCGGUAUAGCAUACUCACUUGCCACCUCUCCUACAGAAGUCGAAGAUUUCACCCGGGAAAAUAAAAAUACUAGUAAUGAAAGUGAAGAAAUUUCUGAGUUUGCUGAAAAUGAUUACAGUAAUAGUAACGCUCAUUUAGAAAACGUGGAAGAUAAAGUACAACAGCUGUUCGAUAAUAUGCCCGAUUAUACCAAUGUGAGUGUAGGGGAGUGUAGAGAAGCGUGUAAAUAUACUUCGGUACAAAUAUAAGCGACAUAUAAUACUAAUUAUCAAAACAAAGUUUUUGAAAUUAUUGUUCCUUUUGAUUGAAUCGAUUUAAUUCAAAAUCAGAUUUAUUUUUUACAACGAAAAUUUAUAUAGUAUUGUUUUGAAAAUUGGUUGCUCUAAUUAAGUACAUACUAGGUAUACAAGAUCUGUAUAUUAUACUUGUCUUUUUUCAUGUAGACAUAUAUCUAGCCAAAAAUACUCAUAUAAAAUAUUGAGCAUCGUUAAUAUAUAGAAAAAUAUGUACCUUAUGUAGUCGAUUGAAACACAAGGGUUGUUCAGCGAAAAUCUGAAUUUAUUUAACAUUAAUUUGAUCUAACCUAUUAAACAUGAUUGACAUGUUAUAAACAAAUUUUUAAUUGCAAGGUGUCUGUACUUUUUAUUAUUGUUAUUCUAGUUUCAAUGUUCAAUAUUACUUUGUUUUAUGUAAAACUUUUAUUCGUUUUAUAAAAUUAUUUAAAAUCCAUUAAUAAUUGUCAUGAGAUCGUUUUUUAAUACAUGAAAAUUAUGUAAAUUGAAUACACCAAAAUACGAUCAUUCCUAUUUAGUUAUUAUAUUUGUGGUUUUAGUCAAAUUUGGAUAAGUACUAGUAACUUUUAUAUCGAUAUUUAAGUACAAUGCUAAACAAACAAAUAUGUAAUUUUUGCUUAAAUGUUUAUUUUAUACUACCUUUAUUUUUCAAUUUUUUAAUUUUUGUUAAAUAAUAAAGAU